CGAACCUUGCCAUGCCACAUGCAUGGCUCGCGUGGUGCGCAUGGUGUGUAAGGCAGAAGCAGAGCAGUUGCUUGCUUCGAUCCGGAGGUUGCAGCUAUGCUCAGCACGGGUCAGAAACUCUUUGACAGAACUGGAAGCGUUGUCAAGACACGAGGCGUCUCAGGACCAGGUUGACAUCGAGUUUACCAGCCUGUCAUCUUUGGAAGGUGACCCGUUUGAUCCAAAGCCGAUCAACGGUCCGAUGGCCAGGCCCAGCAGAUCCAGCGAAGAGAUUGCCGGGUUGAAAGAUGAGCCUGAGGUAAACCAAGAAGAACUGGAUGUGAGGAGAAGUGUGCGGCAAGUCCGGCGAGGACACUUGGCACGCCUUGAAAGUAUCGAGGAACUGUCGGACGAGAGCAGAUCUGCCAAAUCUGACGGCCCAGGGGACCCAGGGGAUUCUGACUCCAGCGUGGAGCGCCUGUGGGCUUCGGUGAUGGAGGUUGGCCUUAGUGCUUGAGGCGAAAA